AUGCUCUCACAAACUGCUUUGCCUCGUCGAGCACCAUCCACCACCACUUUCCAGCAAUGUUCGAUUUUACGCAGAGUCAGCUCCAAUUGUCCCUCAGAUGGCUUCGUGUUUUGUGAUGCUGCUCCCGAAACAAACCCAACCACGAUGCAAAUAGAGUUCUUCAAUUCAACUGGAAACGUCGUGCGCACAGUACAAAAAUCUGGAACAACACUAACUGUUCGAGUCUUCUGUAAAAACGGAAUAUGGUGGACAACGACAGCAACGAACACCACCACAAAUGCUCCUAUCAAUUCGGUUUCCUGCUCACAGUCAGGAUCGGCAGGUACGGACUACGGUUAUGUGAUUGGUACAGCAGUGGAGUAG